AUGCCUCGGGGCCAGAAGAGCAAGGUCCGUGCCCGGGAGAAACGCCACCAGGGCCGCGGUGAGGCUCAGGGUGUCGGGGAUGCUCCUGCUGCUGUAGCAGCAGAGGAGGAGCCCCCCCCUGCUCCCCCGUGCUCCCCUGAAGAGGCGGGUCCAUCUUCACCACCACAGGGUGACUCAGCCCCUGGAUUUCCUGGCCCAGGGACCCCAGGCCUGCCAGGUGACCAGGGUGCAGAGAACCCGGCCGCGGCUGCCGCCCCGGCCGCCCCCCUGGCUGCCCCCCUGGCCGCUUCCCAGGCCACUCCCCAGGCCGCUCCCCGGGUUGCCCUCCGGGCCAUCCGCAAAAACCCUCUGAUCCGCAAGGUCGGGAUGUUGGUGCAGUUCCUGCUGGAGAAGCACAGCUCUGGAGAGCCCAUUACACGGGCGGCGCUGCUGAAGAUCGUUGGCAGGAAGUAUGGCGAGCACUUUCCCGAGAUCUUCAGGCUCACCUCCCAGCGCAUGGAGCUGGUCUUCGGGCUGGAGGUCCGGGAGGUCGAUGCCCGCGGCCAGUCCUACGUGCUGGUCAGCAAGCUGACCCAACCGGGCGAGGGCACCCCGGGCGGCAGCGGCAAGGGGCUGCCCAAGACCGGCCUCCUGAUGGCGCUCCUGGGCGUGAUCUUCAUGAAGGGCAACCGCGCCAGCGAGGAGGAGGUCUGGGAGUUCCUCAACGUGCUGGGCGUGCAGGAGGGCAGGAGGCACCUGGUCUUCGGCGAGCCACGCAAGUUCAUCACUGAAGACCUGGUGCGCCAGGGCUACCUGGAGUACCGCCCGGUGCCCGCCAGCGACCCUCUGCGCCACGAGUUCCUUUGGGGCCCGCGGGCCCGUGUGGAGACCAGCAAGAUGCAGGUGCUGCAGGCCCUGGCCAAGAUCAACGACACCUUGCCCAGCUGCUUCCCCCAGCUGUACGAGGAGGCUCUGCUAGAGGAGGAGGAGCGCGUGGUGGGCCGUAGCAGGCGCCGGUUCUAGUCAGGCAGUUGGGGCAGCUGCUUUCCCCUGGGGUGGGAGAGGGCACUUUCCCAGUAGUGC